UCCCACGCUAUGAGCGGUUUAUCCGGGGCAAUAGAACCGUGUGUAUACCCAGGUACAUCGGCCGGACGUGCUUGUGACAGUGGGACAAGCCAGGGCACCAUACCAUCAAGCAUGGAGACGCUACCAAGCGACAUGGUCGACGGCGAAUACAGCGAGGAAGAUGACAUGGAGGAGACGUGGGGCCGAUUGUUUCCUCUGGGGGCAAGCUUCGUUGCAGUCGACUUGGUGAAAGAUGAGUAUACGUUUGGCAGGGGAGACAACUGUGAUGUGUCUUUCAAUGGGACUUCAUCAGCACGGAAGAACCAGUGUUUCCAAGCCUACAGCAAAGUUCAUUUCAAGCUAAUCAGGCAAAACACCAGCACAGGUGUUCAUGUGUUCCUUGAAGACAACAGCAGCAAUGGCACUUUCAUCAAUGGAGAGAAAGUUGGAAAAGGCAACAAGCAGGUUUUGAACAACAAUGAUGAAAUAUCUCUGGCAUUAAAGAAGAACAAAGCGUAUGUAUACAUGGACCUGAAGUCAAAUGAAGAUGCAGAUUUACCCAAAGAACUGACAGAAAAAUACACACUAACAAAGACUCUUGGAAGGGGUGCUUGUGGGGAGGUGAGGUUAGCCUUUGCGAAAGGAUCAUGUGAAAAGUAUGCAUGCAAGAUAAUCUCCAAGAAGAAAUUCUCAGUUGGAGGGAAGUCACAGUUAAACAUGGCUUCCCAGGUUAUGAGCGAAGUGAAAAUACUGAAAGCAUUAAAACAUCCGUGUAUUAUCAGAAUCGAGGACUUGAUAGACAAUCCUGACACUCUCUACAUCCUCCUCGAGCUUGUGGAAGGGGGAGAGCUGUUUGACCGGGUGGUUAGCGUGGGGCAGUUUGAUGAGCCCACAGCCAAACUUCUCUUCUACCAGAUGGUUGCUGCCUGUAAGUACUUGCACGACCAGGGCAUUACUCAUCGAGACUUGAAGCCAGAAAAUAUAUUGUUGGCCUCUGACUCAAAUGACACUGUGAUAAAGGUGACAGAUUUUGGAUUAUCGAAGUUUGUUGAUGCUGGGUCUCUGAUGAAGACGUUCUGUGGCACGCCCACCUACCUGGCACCAGAGAUCCUGAUCACCGCUGGAAGUGGAACAUACACCAAAGCCAUUGAUGCCUGGAGUCUGGGAGUUAUCCUGUUUAUUAUGCUGUCUGGCUAUCCACCUUUCUCUGAUGAGAGGAAGGACAUGGACCUCCCCAAACAGAUCAUGGGCGGCCACUUCAGCUUCCCCACACAGUACUGGGAGGGGGUGCCAGAAGCAGCCAUAGAUUUGAUCAAGAAGCUGAUGACGGUGGAUCCAAAGAAGAGAAUCACACUGUCUGAGGCCUUGCAACAUCCAUGGUUUAGGGAUGAGGAGAUGAAGAUCAAGGCCAAUAAACUGAUGUACCCAGAAGCAGACGGAAUGGUCCCCCCAACAAUGGUGCCUGUGGGAAAGAAGAGGACGAUGGAUGGUUGUGGUGACGAGCCGCCUACAAAACGGAAAGGCUCCGCGGACACCACUUCACCUCCCGAGACGCCCUGAACAAA